AUGAGUGAACAAACACAACAAUUACACCAUCAACAUAUGGGACUAAUUGGUAGUGGUGGUUAUCAACAAAAACAACAACAACAACAACAACAACAACAACAACAUUACACUCAAAUACCAACAAUACCUCUUCCUCACACUCACACUCAAACUAAUACAACAAUAAACAGUCCAAUAAAUACAACCAUACCCUCUGGUGGAUAUCAUAAUAGUGGAUAUCAUGAUAGAAAUACCACAAUGGGUGGUGUUGGAUAUGAUAGAGGUGGCGGUGGUUACUAUGGAACGAGUUGGAGGGGUGGUGGUAGAGAUCAUCAUCAAAAUAGUUGGAGUGAUAGAAGGGAAGCUUACGAUAGAGGUAUAAGUGGUUACUAUGAAAGAGAUUAUGAUAGAGAUAUGGGUGCAUAUGAUAGAGGUGUCUAUGAAAGAGGUAGAGGUGGUUUUAGAGGUGGUAGAGGUAUCACACAUAGGGGUGGAUAUGGUGGUGGUGGUGAUAGAGGUAUCGGAGGUGGUGGUUUUAGAGGUGGUGGCGGUGGUGGUGAAUAUAAUGAUCAUAGAUUCAUUGAUAGAGGUAGGGAAACUUAUUCUGAAAGAUUUAAUGAUAGAUAUAAUAAAGAUUCACCACCAACCCAAAUCCCAAAUACGCUAAUUACACCUAUUCAAUCUAAAUUUUCAACAACUCCAACAACAACAUCAACCACCACAACUGUAGAUAAUAACAAUAAUAGUAAUAACAUACAACCAUCUGUAAAACUAGAAGCAAGAACUUCAAAAUGGGAUAGUAUUACCCCUGUAGAAACACCAUUAAAAAUACCUCAACAAACAUCAACACCAACAACAACAACUACCACAUCAAUACCAACACUAACACCAACAACAUUAACACCAACAACAUUAACACCAUCAAUAGUUUCAUCAUCAACAACAACAACAAUUCAAGUAAAGAAAGAAGAUAAUAAUAGUAAUAAUAGUAAUAAUAGUAGUAGUAAUAGUAAUAAUAAUAAUAAUAAUAACAAUAAUAAUAACAAUAAUAAUAAUAUAGUUAAAAUUAAAGAUGAAAUUGAAUCUAAAUCUAUUAUAGAAUCAAUGAGUCAAGCAGAAUUUAGUUUUUAUCAACAAAAAUCGAUACAAAUUGUAGAUAUAUUAAAGAAUAAUGGUACAUUUGAUAAGAUUAGAGAUAUUAUUACAACUCAAAUCAAUUGUAAAGGUAUUGGUGAUAGUAUUUUAAAGAAAACUCAAGAAGUUUUAAAGAAUAAUGAAACAUUAGAAGCAUAUGCUGUAACAAAAAGUUUACAAAAAAGACAUGUAAUGAGUGAAUUAAAAAAAAAUACUGAAUCAGUUGCUGUAUAUAUUCAAAAAGAAAUUCAAAAUUUAAUAAAUGAUGAAAGUAAUGAUGUUUGUAAAGCAAUAACUGAUAAUAUUUCAAAUGUAAUAAAAUCAUUAAAAGAACAAAAGGGAUCAGAUGGUUUGGUUGAUGAAAAAUCACCAGAAUCUGUAAAAAAGAAAUCCAAAUCAUCAUCGUCAAAAACUCAAUCAAAUCCUACGACACCAAUUACUUCUGAAUCAAAAGCUACAAUACCAACAACAGUAUCAACCCCACCUACUACAACUACACCAACAACAAAUAAUACAACAACAACAACAACAACAACAACAUCUAUAACUUCACCAAUAACAAAUACAAAUUUAGCAUUAUCUAUUACAGGUAAAAUACCUUUAGCAUCAAUUCCAAUACCUAAAAAAGUAAUAACAAAUAAUGGAAGUAGUAAUGGAAAUAGUAAAAAGAAAAUUAAUAUAGAUAGUAGUGAAAGUAGUGAUAGCGAUAACGAUAGUGAUAGUGAUAGCGAUAGUGAUAGUAAUAGCGAUAGUGAUAGUGAUAAUUAUGGAUAUAGCGAUAGUUCAGACUCUGAUAACAAAAAGAAAUCUAAAAAGAAACCAUUAUUAAAAGCUAAAAAUGCAUCAAAAUCAUCAAAAUCAUCAUCAUCAUCGCAUGAUAAAUCAUUUAAUUCAAGAAGGAAACCAAUAUUAAAAUCUUCUUCUUCUUCAAAAUCGUCAUCCUCUAAAUCCACUUUGAAAUCUUCUUCCUCAAAAUCAUCAUCUUCUUCAAAAUCCUCCUCAAAAUCAUCAUCAUCCUCUUCAAAAUCGAGAUCAAAACCAAAAAGAAAAGAAAUUAACACUAGUGAUAGUGACGAUAAUUAUAUAAGUAAUAAAAAAAGAAGACAAUAA